AACCCCGCCUGGCUCGGCCAGAAUUUCCUCGGCUUUGCUGAAAGGCUGAAGAAUGUCUUCCGCUAACUACAUCCAGAUGUGCCUGCCUGGCAGCUCGCUGCCGGGACGGUACCGAGGGGACGCGGGAUCCGCGCUAUCGAAUGGGAUCUGAAGGACUGAUCGAAUGAGACAGAAAAUCUCCGGGAAGAGCAUGGACGCUUGGGCCAGACAGCUCAGCCACAGCUUUUAGCAGCCCCAGGAAAACCGCAGGGACAAUGAGAGUUCAUCUCAAAGGGGAUGCGAUCUGUACCCUUUUCCUGGUGGUAGCGCUUUGCUCGGUGCUCUACACCCAGCUGGAUUAUUUAGCCCCCAAAGGGGACAAGGAGCUGACACAGAAGAAGCCUUCAGGAACACAGAGAAUAUUCCCUGACCCCAGAGCACCUGGGAGACCCACACCGACUGAGGCAACAGCACCCAGACCCCCAUUAGUUCAUAUCACUAGACGAACAGAAGUGGCUAAUGGCAGGGUCCAAACUGCAACUCCAGCCCCAUCCACUGAUUCUGCCUUCAAUUUCAAGCGUUACCUCCUAAACAAGGACAACAGAAACUUCAACCUCCUCAUUAACCAGCCCAAGAAAUGCAGGAGAAUACCUGGAGGCCCCUUUCUGCUCAUUGCUAUCAAAUCAGUAGUGGAAGACUUUGACAGACGGGAGAUUGUCCGGAAAACCUGGGGCAGGGAGGGUUUGGUGAAUGGGGAGCAGAUUCAGAGAGUGUUCCUCCUGGGGACACCAAAGAAUAGGACAUCGCUGGCAACGUGGGAGACCCUGAUGCAGCAGGAGAGUCAGGCGUACCGGGACAUUUUGCUCUGGGAUUUCAUGGACACUUUCUUCAACCUGACCCUGAAGGAGAUCCACUUCCUGAACUGGGCCGCUGAAUUCUGCCACAACGUGAAAUUCAUUUUUAAAGGUGAUGCUGAUGUUUUUGUCAACAUCGAGAACAUCGUUGACUUCCUUGAGAGACACAACCCCACCGAGGACCUCUUCGUUGGGGACAUCAUCUACAAUGCCCGUCCCAUCCGCACCAGGAAGAGUAAAUACUACAUUCCAGAGACCAUGUAUGGCCUCAGCAUCUACCCAGCCUAUGCAGGAGGAGGAGGCUUCCUGCUGUCCAGCUGCACUAUGAGGAAGCUGUCCAGGGCUUGUGGAGAGGUAGAACUCUUCCCCAUCGAUGACGUUUUUCUGGGCAUGUGCUUACAGAGAAUCAGCCUCAAACCCAUUUUGCAUGAAGGAUUCAAGACCUUUGGUAUUGUCAAGCCUUCUGCAGCCCCACACCUACAAACAUUUGACCCCUGUUUUUACAAGGAUUUGAUGGUAGUUCACAGUCUGAAAGUUGCUGAGAUCUGGCUCAUGUGGAACCUGCUCCACAGCCCAAGGCUUUCCUGUACUCAGAAGAGGCAAGUGAAGAAGCCUUUCCAAUGGAAAAGGAAAGCACAGAUUGCAACACAGGCAUCACCUCUCAGUUAAUGCAGGCAGACCAGCAGCAGAAAAGUGUCAAACCAGCUGAGAAAGGGAACCUGGAGGGCUUGCAACCAAAUGAAUAGAUUUUAGGAGUAUCUUAGUGCAGCCUAUUUACAGGACAACAAACUCUGGCAGGAAUUUGCCAGAAUUCCACAUUUGUUCACACAUACCACAUAGAUCCUUCUCCAUUAACGUGCCCAAACACUCAUAACCAUAUGUUUAAUUUAUUAUUAUUUAUUAGAAUUACAGUAGUGCUUAGCAGACCAGUGUGCACAGAGAUUGCAAAAUGCCAUCCUCGGAGAUUUUUCAGCAUUGUUAAGAGAUGUGCAAAAUGGAAGGAGGAUGAGGGAAAGAGAUGAAGCCGAGCAGCACAGAGAUCACUGUCAGCGUGUUACCUUGAUUAGGGCUGGAGUUAUUCAGACUCAAUAAGAAACAAACUACAUGGUUAACUAGAGUUAAGGAAAUCAGCUGUCCUCAGGGGGUGCUCAGAUGAAAUUAUCACUGCCUGAUUGGCUUUCUGUAAGCCCCAGGAAAGAACAGCUAUUGAGUUGAUGCAGACAGCAUGGACUAGAAGAAAAUAAGCUUGGAGUGACAAGGCCAGUUGAGCAGAAGACAGAUGGGUAAAUAACUGGGAAGGGAUGGAUUUACAAAGCAUUCUUCGCAACAGCAUGAGCUCAAAUUCAUGCUCCACUGACACUGUCAGGACUCAGAGGACCAUCUUUUGGCACUUGAGGGAGAUCAGACUUUCUACACUGUGCUGACUGGCACUCUGUGAAAACUCAUAGCUUUCUAGCAGCACUCGAAAGCUUGCAUCUGGAGAGAUCCUUUUGCUUGUGAGGGUGAAAACACACAGAGCUGCUGCUUGCAUCACUUUUGAGAGCUUCUUCAAACCAAAGGAAAUCUUGUCAAUGGACUGGGCUGGCUUCUCUGGACCUCAGUGCUCUUCCUGGCAUACUGUCAACUGCAAAGAGCAGCCAGGACUUUCAGCAUUGCUGUGAGUGUCAUGUGAAGGGAGAAAGCAGUCUUCAGACAAAAGGGCUUCAGAAUAAAAGCCUUUCUAAACUUCUGGGGAGAAAAAGUCCACCAGUAUUCUUCCUCUUGGUAAAGGAUUUUCCAUGUUUCAGUUAAUCUAUAACUUUGUAAGUAUUUUAAAUAUCAGACAAGAACACUAGGCUGCUUAGCCUUUCAAAGAACAGUCAGUAGUUCAAAGCAGUUUGUUUUUCUAGCAGCAGAUUACCAUGACAGAACAUCCCUUCCUUGGAUAUCAAACAGUACAUCUCUCAGAACCGAGGUUAAAAAUCUGGAUUCCUCUCUGAAGCUGUAUUUGCUAUUCCUUCUGUAAUUUCUUCUCCCUCAACAACCCCCCCCCAUCCCUCAGAGAACUCCAGAUGCCAUCCCCCACCAGGAGGGCACAUCCACACAGCCAGGAAAUGGAAUCAGUCGUAAAUCUCCAGGAAGCGGCUUUAAUUUCAUCAGAGCCUGCAGUACAGAUGCAGUCAGACCUGGGCACAUCCUUCCUCCCAUCUGGCUGUAGGCUGGCUUCGUUCUUGUAUCACUGGGCAGCUGUGAAGGAAAACACACUGGUCAUACCUACCGAUAUUUGUAACGUCUUACAUGUUACCUUCAUCUUCAGAGUUCAAGCCUUACAAUAAUGUAUUUCCAGGGAAAGGUCGUCUGCAGGAAUCAAAGGGCCAUGAGCAGAAUAAGGGUAUUUUCAGGAAAGAUCCUGAAAUGCAGCAUUCUCACAUGGGCUGCACGAGGAGUAAUAUGUGGGAAGGAGCCAGAGCUUCACUGGUGAGUGAAUGCCAGGUGUACCCCUCUGUACCGUGUGCGAUACGUACGGAAUUAGGAGUUGUAGAGAAACGUGUUACCUGUGUUUAGUUUACAGCCUGGGAAAUUCCUUAUAGCAUGAUUAAAGAACAGCAUGCCUCCAGUUGUCAGAGUGAGUCUAUUGAGUACAUCUCCACACACAAUCAACCAACACCAAGUCUUUUUCACCAAGGCAGCAACGUGAAAGCACAGCAUUCAUUGUUUUGGACAACUUGGUAAGUCUUUCCUUAUGCUGGACUUCACUUAAUGUAGAAAAAUAAACACAGCUUACCUCGUGACUGCAAAGCAGCCAGUCAGCUUCAGCAGUCCUUAUUAAGGUCUUCCUUUUGAGCUUGGAGAUGCAGUAACGUUUGGCUCCUUCCUCUGUAAUGUCUUCAGAUCCACAGCAUGCACACAACACAGCACCAAUAAGCACAUUUUGUCCCAGAUCGAAGCAGCAGUUUAACACAGCACUUCAGUGGCUGGCAGCCCUGCCCAGGGCAAGGGGGCUGGAACUCCAGGACAUCCAAGGUCUCUUCCAACCCCUCCCAUUCUGCAGUUCUGUGAGCCACCUGCGCUGGCACACACCUGGUGGCUGGCAGAAACAGACCUAGGGCAGGCUGCUCACUGCAUUGCCUCUGUCUGUAGAACAGCUUAUAUCUUUGUCCAAUGAACGUAAAUCUGAUGUUACUGACGAAAGGUACAUCUGCUUCUGUUUUUGCCAGUCUUUGCUGCAAGGCCUGUUUAACCCCGUUUAAAAGUUUCCAUUUGCUUCUGCAGUGGAGCUGGAAGUUUACAGACCCCAAAUGCCAGCAUAAGUAAUGUGUUGAGGAAAUACCAGAGGGCAGAGCUGUACCCACUGCAGUUUAUUAAACUCUGCUUACUGCCACUGCAGGCAAAAAGCCUUUGACUAGAGAGCUUCUCUUUCAGGUAGCCCUAAAAUCUUAGGUGUGUAUGAGAAUGAGGAGGAAAGAUCCUCUGCUGAACUCCUUUUGAACAGAGCUCUGAGGUGUGGACCCUCAGCUCCGAAUGCUCCCGUGGAGCUUGUUAGGGAAAUGCAGAGCAUGCAGAAGAUUAUCUUACAGGGACAGAUCAGUUAUCUUCCUUGUAGGCAGAGAUUGCAAGUUGCAUAAAAAGAACAUUGCUGUGUGCUUUGCAUCAGGAAGGGAAAACUGGGAUACUUACAGCAACGACAGUGCUAAAGAUAGACUAGACAGGCUCAAGGAGGAAACACCUUUAAAAUCUUACACUUGACCCAAUUUUUUGGCAGCAUUGAUCAUGGGGGGAAUACUGAAAUGCUGCUCUGAAAUGGAGCUGUUAUAUCCAGGUGCUCAGACACAAACUUCAGUACCUAAUUUCAGCUGCAGCAAUGGAACCAGCUAUGCCUUUCCUAUGAAGAGCCUGACUUUCCACACAAACCUUUUUGCCUGCAAGGAGAGCACAAAGACCCAUUAACUCCUGCACUAAGUGCACCAAAAGCAGGCAGCGAUCAUCCUGCUUUACCUCUCUAAGCACAGCAAAAUUUGCAGAAUAAACAUAGAUCUCAUCAACUCAAGUUCUGCAAAGCCUCCUGACACCUCCCGGAAACCCAGAACGGUCCAUUUCAGAAGGAAAUUUGGGGCAGGUUUAUGAAGUGGCUAAUUCAUUGCACCAGGUGGGGCACCACGUAAAGCCUUGCUUGGCAGUUCUGUUCAUUACCACAACCCACGACGAGAAAAGAAAACACAAAAAAGUCCUCUGCAGGCACCACCAGUAGCAACCAAAGCAGGCAGACUCCCUCGGGGCAGACAAAUAUCCGAAGCUAACACAGCACAGUAGGUUUUAUUGAAACCUAGAGACCCGCACACAGUCAUUUUUUUCCUACUGUACAUGAGCAGCCAGAUUUGGUCAUUAUAAGGAGCAAAGCUGGCUUGAGCCUCACAUUCAGCACCUCUGAACACAUCUCUGAAGGCAUAAACUGGUAGGGAAUGCCAAGAUCUGUCAUUAGGUCAGGCCACUGCUGGCUUAGACACCAUAAAAAAGAAAGCCAGGGACAUCUCUGAAGGAAUGGAGUGUUAAAAUACCAUGCUUCCUGCCUGCAGCUUAAUUAUUCAUCUUGCAGCGGGUUCUCAGAAGCAAAGCCCAACUGCAACAUCAAGCAGCAAAAAAAAAAAACCAAACAUCUCAGAGCUAAAUGCUAAAUGUGAGAACCAAGAACACUGUCCAGAGAGCACUGAGAGACCUGCAGGCUCGGGAGAUGAAGAAUGUCCAUCUGAAGAACUGCUGCACCUGUGGGUUGUAUCCUCCAGCUGGAGCUGCAGGUCUCGGCAGCCCUGAAAAUCAGCCCCAUGCAUUUCCCUAAGGAUGCUGCUAACCCCACUGACAUUGGUCAAAACCAGUGAACUUCCAAAUUCAGUCUCCCAUGAUUUUUUCAGCCUUACAGAAAUCUGAAUUGAAGAAUGAGAGGGAAAACUAAAACCCAAAGCAUGAGUGCAUCUGAGUCCCUCCAAAGGCCGAAGCAGCUCCCCACCAGUGCUGGCCAUCCCGAGGCUCUCCUGCAGCUCGCCCAAACCAACUGUGGUGAAGAGGGAACUAAGAGAUUUGGGCUGCUUUGAUUAUUUACUUGAUGGGAAUGCGUAUUUGUAGUCAUGACGGGGUUGUUUUUUUGGUGUGUGUGUGUGAGACUGGUAUUAAAAAUAAACAUUCUCUGAUGAGCAUUAAUAAUAGAAUUGAAGGUUAAGCAUUAGCAGGAAUCUGUUACAUAGGUCUGAAAUAUUAAGACACUUAAAACCUGCUUCCAAGACUGCUAUACGUAUACUUUAA